AAGCCACAACGUCAGUGUUGCGUUGACUUCCGUCGAGUCGAGUCGGGUGUUCGAAGCUGUUCACAUCGCACCUAUAGUUUAUUCCAAAUUUCGCGCCAUUUUCCUUUGGCACACGACAUAUUCGAUUUCAGCAAGUGUACAUUUCUGAUAUCCAACACGACUAGAAACGUUACCUAGAAAUUCAGUCUCGUGGCACAUAGUGUUUGUCUUGUUGAACAAUCUGCGAACCAAGAUGUUUCUUUACUGCCUGGAGCAUCCGUAGUAAGUGAUCCAGCCGAGGAAUUGUAAAAACUGCUGACCUAAUAAGAGUGCUGGGUACGUUUCCUUACGUCCACUACACGUCUAUUGUAUAGACCUCUUGAAUGCUUCCCGUUGCCACCAAUUCAUCGAUCUGCCGGAUACAGCCCGGAUAAUUGCCUAUUGCAAUUCGAGUGACCAACAAGGUGGCCUGGGAAACCUGGGACAUUUCAACGCCCCGUUCCAGCCUUAUUUUUGCCGUUGCCGUGGCAACGAUUGAGUGAGAUACAAAAGGAGGCACGCCAGGACAGGGCCGCUAAAAGAACUAGACGGAGACGAGGAAAAGCUGACAAGUUUUUCAGAUGAAUGUCCCCAUGGCGACUUGGGUUGGUACGAACGACAGAAAGGCCGUUUUGUCUGAAGACGUCGCAAACCGUGACGUCUUCGAAUGGUUGCACAACUCCCGCGGGAUUAGCCGUACGAGAAUGGCAAAGCUCGAGCCAAGCCACCACCGCAGACGCCAUCAGCAAGAAGCUGAAACGGGAGCUGGAAGUUUAAACGCGAUCCCGCCGGCAAAGCCACGACAUGUUCUUCACGUCGUCCUUCUACUCUUGACGCUUGUGGCAUGUCGACCGUGUCACGGUCACGAUCCUGAGCUUUUUGACAUGGACAAUGAAGAUGGAGCCCAAGACAGCGUUCAACCUCCAGGGCCUUUGGUACACGUCGUCAGCGUCGUCAAGGGGAAAACGAGUUUACCUUGCGACAUCACGUCAGCCGACGAGGACGACCAGGCCAGUUUGGUUCUCUUUUACAAAGACGGCGCUAGUCAGUCUAUUUACACGUACGACGCUCGGGAUAAAUACGCCAGUCGGCCUCGACAUUGGUCCGAUGAUAAUGUGCUGGGCAAACGAGCUUUUUUCAGCAAACUGCAAAGUAACAGAUCGUCUUCCGGACGUCUGAUGAUCGACAACGUGCACGAAACGGAUGUUGGUCUCUACCGAUGCCGCGUUGAUUUUAAACGAUCACCGACCCGCAACAGCCGCGUCAAUCUCACCGUAGUCGUGCCACCGAAGCUGAUGAAGAUUACAAACGAAAAGGGCGUGGAUGUUGGCGAUCUAAUCGGCCCCUUCGACGAAGGAGUUACUUUAAUCUUGGUCUGCAUUGUCACCGGAGGUAAUCCAAUGCCGGACGUAACGUGGUGGCAAGAGGAGAGGAUGAUCGAUCGUCACGUCGAAGUGCGCCAAUAUUCGGAGAACGGCGUGGCCAGCAAUGUGCUUCAGUUUGAACGACUGGGACGGUCUGAUUUGCGUACCAGGUUGUCGUGUCACGCAUCCAACAGUUUACUGGCGCAGCCUCCGCUGACCAAAUUCGUUGAAAUCGAACUGAAUCUUAAACCGCUGGACGUCCGUAUUUUGAGCAGCCGUCAACCGCUGUCAUCCGGAAAAAAGUACGAAUUGACCUGUCAGACGACUGGAUCGCGCCCGUCGCCCAAGGUGACGUGGUGGAAAGACGGCCAUCUGCUACGACACUCUCAAGAAACGCAAUACGACGGCGGUAAUGUUACGCUAAGCCAAUUAGCAGUUCAACUGACCCCCGAGGAUGAUGGCAAAAAACUCGUUUGUCGGGCGGAAAAUCCGGUCCUGGGCGCGGCCUCGGCCAUUGAAGACACUUGGCUUCUUGACGUCUACUAUGUCCCUCGCGUUCGAUUGGAACUGGGGCGGAAUCUGCAAGGCGAUCACAUCCGCGAGGGGAUUGAUGUCUACUUCAACUGUCACGUCACGGCCCGGCCAUCGGGAGUUCGUCUUGUUUGGCGACAUCAGUCAAAAGUUUUACAUCACAACGUCAGCGCCGGCGUAAUUAUCAGCCAAACAAGUCUGGUGUUGCAACGAGUUUCGAGGAGUGCGACCGGUCGUUACACGUGUCACGCAAGCAACGCAGAGGGCGAGGGAUCCAGCGCACCCUUCCACUUGAACGUUGCACACAAGCCAGUGUGUCGUGCGGAACAAAAGAAUUCCUACGGUGGUGCAAAAGGUCUGACGAGCGAAGUGGAAUGUCAUGUCGAUGCCAAACCCGCCACCACGGGUUUUCGUUGGGCGUUCAACGGAUCCGGUGAACUGUUGAACUUGACGUCAGGACAUCGCAGCAUUAAAGAAGGAUCCGUCUCCGUCUUGCGUUACACGCCACGCAAUCACCUGGAUUUCGGGACGCUCCUCUGCUGGGCCACCAAUCCGCUAGGCGUCCAAUCGCAGCCGUGUGUCUAUCACUUUUACACCGCCGGUGUUCCCGAUCCACCGAAGAAUUGCUCCAUCGCUAAUCAGACGUUAUCUUCGUUCGAAAUCGAUUGCGCCGAAGGCUAUGAUGGUGGCAUUCCGCAACAUUUCAAGAUGCACGUCUUCGACAUUAAAACGCGAGCUCUGCUCGCCAAUUUGACCUCGUCCUCGCCGAAAUUCGCGCUUCACUUGGGCACAGCAUCUUCUUCGUCAAUACCCCAGUACUCAAUGCUGGGCAACGGUGGCACGGGCGAGAUUCCAAAGACGCACAGCUGGAAGGCCUCUUCGAAUAAUACCAGUAACGUCAUCAUGGCCGAUUACGGGAUCGUUAACAACAAGACGACGAGACGACAUAAUGGCACUAUCGGUGGAGUAGCCGUUAUUCCCCCGGUGGGGACGCUCCUUCAGGUGACGGCCGUUAACGCUCAUGGCGUUAGCGAAUCUGUCUUGAUUGAAGCAACUCAGCAAGCUGUGGUAGCUUUGCUUCCUGCCGGAAUGCAGUCUGGAAGUUUCUCCAAUUUUAGGAUUACGUCGACGCUGGGAAUUUCGAUCGGAGCCGUUGUGGUCGCAGUUUGCGUGAUUUUUAUUCUCGUAGUCGCACUGCGCUUACGUAAGCGUAAGAAAAUGCCCGUCCGCCAUAAUCUUGCAGUCGUUACGGACGACGAUAAAGAUCGGGACAUUAACAGCUAUAACGGCAAUGAUGAAUACCUUGAAUUGGGCGCCAAAGAUCCCGACAUCAUCAGCAAGGACGCUCAAGGAUUAACAAUCGUUUCUCGUCUAACGCAAAAUCCGCUAGAAUUGAUGGUCAAUAGUCAGACGUCAUCCAUCUAGCGCUUUAUUACCAUUCCGUUGCGCUAGGACAGUCCAAGUUCUUCCGCCGUUUGAUCAACUCAGG